AUGUAUUUUUCAAUAAUAACUUCAAACAUUUAUUUCCUUAAGAUUGUUGUUUUUCUCAAUUUUGAUAAAAUAUGUAUUUUUCAAUAAUAACUUCAAACAUUUAUUUCCUUAAGAUUGUUAUUUUUCAGGUACACAAAAUAUGUAUUUUCGCAAUACUACUUCAACACAAUAGUUCAAGAAUAAAUCAAGAACACUUAUGAAGUUGUCCAACACCUUCAACACAAGAUCAAAAUGAUCUUUCAAAGAAGUAUGUUUUCAGUUUCUUAAAGAAAAAUAGAUGAAGCAAAAAAAAGUCAAGUUCUCCGAAUUCACGGAGUGUCCUUAAGGAAAUAAUUUUCCUCAACUACCUGAGGUUGCAGAAUUUUCCUCCUAAGAUAAAAUGGCUUCACAACCAGAAUGUAGCGGUUCCUCAAACUUUCUGGUUUUCUUCGAACUCACUCAACGGGAGAUGAUCACACAAGUUUUUAGAAGCAAGAGUAUUUUUCUUAUGCAGAAAUAUUUCAUACUAAAUCUGUGGAAAAAAUGCAGGUUUAUAUAGCCAUAAAGUGCCCCUUUCGAAAGGUGGCAAUGGUUCAUCCGAAAAGGUGUAUCCUUUGGAAGAGUCAUGUCUGUUCAUUCAAAAUAUUGUGUUUUUUUUCUGAACAGAUACAACUAUUCGAACAGUUACUCCUUUUCCAAAACAAUGUGUUUUUUCCUCAAAGGGUUGUGUCCCUCCAUUUUCCAUUCACACCAAUUGAACCCAACACAACACAUAUCCAGUAUAGUACCACAAGUGGAGUCUGGGACGAUAAGGUGUACAUAGACCUUACCCCUACCUCUGUGAGGUAGAGAGACUGUUUUGAUAGACCUCGACUUUUCAGAAAUAUGAUUUGAAAGAAAUGCAAGAGUAAAAAGCUAUGAUAAAAAUAUUACAGAUAACCAAAGUAAAAGUAUUUUGUUUUAGUUCUUCUCACUAAAUUCUUUAGACUCUAUGGUCUAUUUCCAAAUCUCCAGCCUAUUGUAUUACAGUAAAACUAGCAUCUGAUAGUUUGCAAUUUUUAAUCCUUACCCUUAAGACAGAUUUUUUUCUGUUGCACCUCAUAUAAGCCCACGGGGUUGUGCAAAUGCUACUGUAGAAUGUCAUCCUGCAGUUAAAGCAAAACAUUGAUAAGGAACUUUUCCUAUAGUUGUACAUCGUGUCGCUUUAUUUUCUUGAUGGGUUGCCUCUUUGAGGUCCUUUAGUUUUCGACAGCUUUGACGACAAUUUUUCGAUUCCCAGACAUUGGCCUGAGUGCAUGGCAUAUUGUUACAUUUCUCUGCUCUAUCUCCUAAAGGAAUGGUCUCAUGUUUUGGUGUUGUUUUAUCAUAUCAGUCGUGGGUUGUCUACAAGGAAUCAAACUGGACAACUGCAUUACUUUGGAUGGUCUUGCUAGUAUAUCUAAGAAGCCCUUCUACAUGUGUCUACAUUGUAUUGCAAUUCCUGAAGCUUUCGACCUAGGAAUCUUUACAGGAUCCAAUUUACUUUGUCCUAUUACGACGCCAGGAAAAGUCUGGGUUGCAUAUAAGGAAUCAAGUUGGCUAACUGCAACUAUUUUGAUAAUACUACUAAAUUUGUGUGGCAGCACCAUCACAUGUGCCUAUAUUGCUCUUCAACUUUUCCGCCUCUCAUCUCAAGAUUCUAUCUACCUUGUUCUUUUCAGCAACAGCAACAGGGAGGAAAAUGAGGGUAUGAAGGAACCUCUUACACACAGAACAUGGGAGGGGCUUAACUGAUGAGCAAUAAGCUUUAUGAUUGGUUUGGUUUGAUUUGAUCAUUGGACUCUUUUUUUUCUUCAAUUAAUAAAUAAGUCUACUAGAUAAUGUUCCCAUCUACAUUUGUUUGUGUAAGAACCAAAAUGUUCCCUGUGAUAACAGUGUUACUGUCGUUUCUAAACUUAAAUUUUCUUACUCCUUUUUAUAUAUACUAGAUGGGCACGACCCGUGCUUGAGCAA